AUGCAGGCUACUUAUAAAUUCACAUAUCCUUUUUUAAAACUCUCUCCAUUAAUUAGGAGGAGGUACCUGAGUACAUAUGCUACACAGCCAUUUGUACAAAGAAAAAGGUCACCAAUAACUGCUGGCCAGUCAAUACAUGAAACUAGACCGUUCCUUCUACGACCUGGAGAGUUAACUAUAGGAAUUCAAUCGAUUGAGUAUAAUGAUCGAAGGAGAAAAUUGGUUUCAAAGAUGGAUAAUAAUUCAUGUAUAGUAAUUCAAAGCAACGAAUUGCAAUUUGCAUCUGGCGCUGUGUUCUAUCCCUUUCAACAAGAUAAUGAUUUUUAUUACUUAAGUGGCUGGAAUGAGCCCAAUUCAGUUCUAAUUAUCGAACGACUAUCUGACAAUCUAGAUUUUAAUUUCACCAUGCUAGUGCCAGGAAAGGAUAAAUUUAUCGAACAAUGGGAAGGAAAUAGGACAGGAGAAGAGGGGGCUAUGGAAAUAUUUAAUGCAGACGAAGCAUUUGAUAUUAAACAUUCCUUGAAUUCUGUGCUGUCUGAUGUCUUUGCAAGGAAUAAGACAAUUUAUUUCAACGAUAAAGGAAACAAUUCUGGGAACUCUCAGGCAAUUGCAAAGAUUCUUAAUGAAAGCUCUUUUGGUCAAAACAAAAACCUCAAGAAUUAUAAAAAAAUUCUUGGUGAACUAAGAAAGAUAAAAUCGCCCGCUGAAUUAAAGAUAAUGAGGGCAGCAGGUAAAAUAUCUGGGAAAGCCUAUAACCAAGCUUUUGCCAGAAAAUUUCGUAAUGAAAGAACCCUAGCUGCUUUUCUAGAAAAUAAAUUCUUAUCUGGAGGCUGUACCAAAUCAGCAUAUAUUCCUGUUGUUGCAUCUGGGUCCAAUUCUCUCUGCAUUCAUUAUACCAGAAACGAUGAUGUCAUGUUUGAUGAUGAAAUGGUUCUUGUUGAUGCGUCAGGUGCUAUCGGUGGAUAUUGUUCGGAUAUUUCUCGUACUUGGCCUGUUAAUGGUAACUUUACACAACCCCAGAAGGAUUUAUAUCAGGCGGUAUUAAAUGUUCAGAAGCAAUGCAUAGAGCUCUGCAAGGCGUCAAACAAUUACUCUCUUGAUGACAUUCAUCAAAGGAGCGUUUCCUUAAUGGGCCAAGAAUUAAAAAAUUUAGGUAUUGCAAAUUUAAAAAACUGGGAUGUAGAGUCACUAUAUCCGCACUAUAUUGGUCAUAAUUUAGGUCUGGACGUACAUGAUGUUCCCGAAGCAUCAAGAUUUGAUAAAUUACAAGUUGGGCAAGUAAUCACUAUCGAGCCAGGACUUUAUAUCCCAGAUGAUGAUAGUGUACCAGCAUAUUUCAGAAACAUUGGGAUCAGGAUCGAAGAUGACAUUGCAAUUGGGCAAGAUACUUAUAGAAACUUAACUGUAGAAGCUGUGAAAGAGAUUAUUGAUUUAGAAACUAUCAUGUCCAAUGGAGCAACUUUAUCCAAGUUUGAUGAUGAUGUUAUAGACCCACUAUCUAUUGAAUAG